UUAUAAUUACCGUAAUUACUAAUUACUUCCCUUGCAUUGCCUGGGGCCACCCCAACUUGGAACCUGCUGUUUUUGUUUUUUUGCCUUCAACAUGUUCAAGUUUAACAAAUUAACACCGAUAUUUUUCAUCCGGAUGUUGAUUCCAUCUAUUAUAUGAAACAAAUUUACUUAUAUAACUAGGCUGUUACCAUGGCUAUGACAGAUAAUGCCAGAUUUCUGAUCUCUCACUUGAGAAAUUCUUUCAUUACUAGUGAUGAUACAGGGAUGUGUGAGUUAAUCAUUGAGAGUGAAGAUUAUGAUGAGUAUGAUUCUAAAAGCAGACUUGAUUCUUCAAGUAUUAGUGACAGUGGAAUGGACUCUGACACAAACCUAUCAAGUUCCUAUGAUAUCCUUCCUGACAUGGGAUAUGGUCAUAGGAGAAGAUCAAAUACUGCACAGAAGUUAGAGAGAAUGAAGAAAGAAAGAAGAAGUCAGCGAAAAAUAAAAAAUGUUCCAUGGAGAGAUUCAUCUAGUGAAUACAAUGUGGAAGAGAAAGGCCAUUUGUUUGAUAAGAAGCAAUUACCUUCAGAAAAUGAAGAGAAAAAGAAACCAAAAAUGUCUUCCUUAUCAUGGUUGUUAGAAAAUGCUGCUAUUCAGGGAUCAAAUCCUUUCCUGGAAUAUGCCAAAUUUGAUGGAAAGGCAAGUGUUGGGGCUACAAAAAAGAUGGAUAUAUUCUUAACAAUGGCGUUGCCUGCAGACAGAAGUUAUCCAAUAUCAGUUGUUGUCAUAGCAACAGCAAAAAUCCAGGAGUUGAUUGGACUGGUGUGCUGGCAGUAUACUAAUGAAGGGAGAGAACCCAUGCUUCAUGACAAUAUAGAAAGAUACUGUCUGCAUAUAGCAGAGGAUGAUGGUGAAGUUGACAUGGACUUUCCCAGUCUUGAUCCAAAAGAACCAGUCUCUAAAUUUGGAUUCUCUAAACUAGCUCUUGUUGAAAAAGAUUUACCAACUGCAAAAUCACCAAAAUCUUCCUUUGUGGUCACAAUAUUUGUACCAAACAGGGGAUUUAACAAAUUUCAGAUGGAAAGUAUGAAUAUCCCAAUGCGAGAUAUCCUACAGAGAAUUUUAAAGAGAAGAAAGAUCAGGCCAAGACCAGGUUUAAAUUACAAUUUAGAAAAACAGGAAGAGCCUGGAGUGUCGAUUGAUUUAGAUGCUACUUUAGCAAGUAUGGAUACUAUGGAGUUCAGUCUAGUCAGGGAAAAUAGUACUAGAAGACAUCAUAAUGAAGGGUCAGAGGAUGAGGUAUCUACAAUGGCUGAUUCUCUUACAAGUCAUCAGUACAAAAGUUAUAUUGUCAGCAUGGUUCAUCGCCUUAGAGCAAAUACAGAUGUUCAGCUGGGUGUUAGUGGAGAGAAGGUAGAAGUAGACCCAGUUGGUUCAAAAGGGACCAAAUUUUUCAAACAAAGGGCCAUGACUUAUGAUGCUGAUAAUAUUGCAUCUUGUGAAAUCUUGGAAGAGAAAUCAACAGGUAAAUCUGUGUUGAGGAUAACUUACCUUACAAGCCAUGAUUAUAAACACUGUGAUUUCGAGGCUGAUUCAGAAGUGUGUAAUGAAAUUGUGUCAAAAAUAAACAACAUUCUGGAAUUAAGACUUAGUCCAGCGAGGAAAGACUAUGUGGCUACGAGAGCAGCAAAACAUUUACGAAAAAGAGAUUCGUUACGGGACUCUUUUAGACUGUCAAAGUACACCGAUAACUGAAAGAAUGAGAACUAUUUUUGAAGUGUUAGACGUACAAAAUUUAAAGGGUCAUGUUUAUUUAUCUCUUUAUUAAUCUGACAUUGAUCUACUGGGUAUACAGUCUCACUGAUUACCAGUACUGUAAGAAGUUAGUCCUGUGUAGUCUCAUUUUAAAGUACAACAGUGUCAUUGUGAUACAAGUAUUCUCUAUAUAAUAUUAAAUAAAAGUUGUUAACCGUGACAAAUACUAAGACAAAGGGGUGUAUAAUUAAUAAAGUAUUGACGAUUAAUUUAAGUCUGAAGCUUACAUACAGACAGACACAUUAAAUAGAAAUUUAUUAUUUAAAUAAAUAAUUGUUGAACAGUU